AUGCUGCUGAAAUAUACUCUACUGUUGGAGACAAUCGUCUUACGGGCGGUCAGCGGACAUCUGAUCAUGAUUUCGCCUGAACCCUACAGCAAUGAAACCCUCAACAACUCCCCUCUUGCUGACAGUGGUAGCGAUUUUCCAUGCAAACUACGCACAGAUACGUUCCUAGCCCCUUCAUUAGAGAAUAUCUACCAAAUUGGCAUUGAAAAUACAAUGAGGUUCGAAGGAAGCGCGACUCACGGCGGUGGCUCAUGCCAAUUGAGCCUGACCGAAGACCGUGAGCCAACCAAAGAUUCCGAAUGGAAGGUUAUUAAGUCUUUUGAAGGAGGCUGCCCCACGAAUGCAGAAAAAAAUCUUGCUGGAGGCGCCACUGCCGACAAUGACCUUCAACUCGAUUUCGCAAUCCCCGAAAACAUUCAGCCCGGGAAAUACACUUUGGCCUGGACGUGGUUCAAUCGUAUUGGUAAUGGUGAGAUGUAUAUGAACUGCGCCCCAAUCACCGUGGCUCGUGGCUCGUCGCAACAAUCCUACAAGAGCAUACAAAAUCAAACGCCAGAUUUCCCACCCGUUUUCAUCGCCAACAUAAAUGGCUGUAUAACCAAAGAGAACGUGGACAUUCGGUUUCCUCGGCCAGGAAGCAUUGUUGAGCACAAUGGCCAAAUAAAUAAUCUUCUUCGCGAAGGUGAGCCGCCAUGCACCGGAACACCUACUUUCAGUGCCUUGGCAGCCAUCAGGUCAACUAUUCCUGAUUUUGCCAUGGAUUUGCUUGGAGAGACUGUUUCAUCCUCCACUUCAUCCGCUCUUGCCCGCACUCCGUCUUGUCGUGCUCUUCGUCGCAGUUAG